AUGUUUAAGGUAUUCCGCCAUUAUUCUUUGGCUAGAAGCCCAUAUGUCAGCUCUUCUGCACAGCUUACUUCUUUGUUGAGGACAAGAAGAUCAUAUUUUUCAACCAGCUCCAUCGCAUAUGAAGAAUUGAAGGAAAUCAGCGAUGUUCUGAAAUCACCUAUGGCUGCUAAAGCCAAACCUGAAGAGAUUACCGGUAAUAUCGAUUUAAAAUCAUUCAAGCAACUUUCCGGGGUUGUUCAUGAUGAUCUUAUUGAUGCUAUUGAGCGUUUGAAGUUCUCAAAGAUGACCCCAGUGCAAGAGAAAUCUAUCAAACCAAUUUUAGAAACAAAUCGUGGGAUGGUUGCCAGAGCAAAAACUGGUACUGGUAAAACUUUGGCCUUUGGUAUUCCUUUGCUUCAUGAUGCAAUUUUCUCCGACAAUACUCCUAAAUUCAAUACUGAAGUUAGAGCACUCAUUAUUGCCCCAACCAGAGAUUUGGCCCAUCAAAUUUCUGCCGAAUUAAGAAAGGUUUUGCUUGCCGAUAAUCCUACAAAAUACAAAAGAUCUAUUGUGAGUGAAAUUCAAACUGUGGUCGGUGCCGAAAGAAGAGAUCUCCAACUUCGUGCCUUCCAAGGUAAAAACUGUCCAUCCAUUGUCGUGGGUACUCCAGGUAGAUUAAUUGACAUCCUCAAUGAACCUCUUGUUGCUGAAAAGUUUGGCAAUCUUAGAUUUAAAGUUUUAGAUGAAGCCGAUAGAUUAUUGGAUGAUGGCUUCAAGGAAAACUUGUUACAAAUGGAUUCUACUUUGAAAGAUUUGGCUACCGGUGAAGGUUUCAGAACUAUUUUAUUCUCUGCCACCAUUGAUAAAAAUGUCUUAGGUUUUGCCAAACAGGUUCUUGGUAAUGAUUUCGUUUAUGUCAAUACUGUUGAUCCAAAUGAACCUGAAACCCAUGAAAAGAUUUCCCAAUCUCUUGUGGUUUCCGAUGAUAUGUUCAAAUGUUUUGUUGCCGCCGUUCACAAUAUCGCUACCCUCUAUAUGGAGUCUAGAGAAAAAAACACACCAUUUAAGCCAAUUAUCUUCUUGCCAACCAUCAAAUCCGUUGAAUUCUUUGGUCAAUUACUUGAACAUUAUCUCGCACAUUGCCACGACGUUCGUUUCUGUCGCAAUAGUAGAGAUAAAGCUUCCAAGCGUCUUAGAUUGCUUAUGUUACAUGGUAGUAAGUCCCAAGCUGCUCGUGAAGCUGUGGUUCGAGAUUUCAAAAAAUACGAUCAUUCCAUGUUGGUCACUAGUAAUGUUGGUGCGAGAGGUAUGGAUUUCCCUAACGUGACUAAUGUUUUCCAAGUUAAUUUGCCAAGUGAAGUCAGUGAUUAUAUCCACAGAAUUGGAAGAACCGCUAGAGGUGAUAGUAACCAUGGUGAAGCUACUUUGUUUAUUACUGAAGCUGAAGAGAAAGGUUUAAGAUUAUUUAAGGACAGAAAAAUCAAAUUUGCCAAGACUUUGACCUUUGAUGACGUUGUUGAAAACCCAGAAAGCACCAUAAAUGCCGUGCAAGAGAUUUCUACUUCUCAUACCUAUGGAUUAGGUGAUCCAAAGACUCAAAGGGCUGAAGGUAUUGAUAAUAAGAAGGCUGUGUUCAGUACCUUUAGAGGUCACAUGGGUUAUUUGCAAUCAGUUGCUCUGGUCUAUAGAUUGAGUAACUUUGAUUUGUUGGCCUCUCUCAAUGAGUUCUAUAAAGGGUUUUGCGCAUCCACUAAACGUCCAUUCUUAUCACCCGAAUCUUUGUCAAAAGUUAAAUUAAACAACAGAGAGAAAGAGGAACUUUAUGAAAGCCCACGCUCUUCCACAAGAAGCUAUGGUGAUAAUAACUCUGGUAGAUAUGAAAGAUCUAAUAGGUUCGAAAGAUCUGACAGAUUUGAUAAAUCUGAUAGAUAUGACAGAUCAAAUAGAUCUGAUAGAUCUGAUAAGUUUGAAAGAUCAAAUAAAUUUAACAGAUCUGAUAGAUUCGAAAAACCUGGAAAUUAUGAAAGAUCUGACAGAUUCAAAUCAAGAGACAGAAAAUCUAGAGAAGGAUUCGAUUACCUCCGUGAUAGUGGCUCCGAAAAAAGCGGGAAAAGAAAUAAUAAUAGAAACUCUAGAAACUCCAAGAAUGACGAUUUCGAUUUUUUCUCAUAA